AUGAAUAAGGUUGAGUUAGAGCAAAAAAUAAUCAACUUCCUCCACCAAUUAGAAACAAACCAAAAUACUUUGGAAGCCGAUUUUUCUAAACCCCAAGAUAAUCAACUUGCUGCUUUCCUAAAAAUUAAAAAAAAAUAUGACCAAAUAAGCCACGAAUUACACGAAUACCAACUGCUAGAACAAGUAGAAACUGGUUCCGAGAGUAAAGAUAUUUUAGCCCGUGACAUUAACGAAUUAGAAAAUAAAAAAAAUAAUCUCCUGGACGAAGUUAAGCAAGAAUUAAUUAGUGAAAAGGAAAUUAAACAAAAUGUUUUAGUGGAAAUUCGACCUGGAGUAGGAGGAAUAGAGGCGAGUUUAUUUGCUCGCGACUUAUACCGCAUGUACGAUAAAUUUGCCAAUAAAAAAGGAAAGGAAGUUUUCAAUUAUUUAAGAAAUGAAGCCGGGGUGCACCGGGUUCAAAGAAUUCCCCGUACUGCCAAGGGAGGGGAAAAACACACUUCGACGGCUACAGUGGUGGUUUUGCCUGAACCGCAAGACAUUGUUUUAAAUAUUCGUCCGCAAGACCUAAAAAUAGAAACUUGCCGGAGCAGCGGAGCCGGCGGGCAACAUGUCAAUACUACUGAUUCGGCGGUAAAAGUGACUUACACUUAUUCCGCUAACGGCAAAACCGAAACCGUUACCGCUACUUCCCAAGAUGGAAAAAGUCAGCACGAUAAUAAACAAAAAGCUUUAAUGGUUUUAAAAAGUCGUUUGUUUGAAAAGCAUCGUCAAGAACAAGAAAAAGAAAUUGGUAAUUUGCGUUCUUCGGCGAUUGGUAACUCCGAACGGGCGGAAAAAAUUCGUACUUAUAAUUUUAAGGACAAUCGAGUUACUGACCAUCGGCUCAAAAUAAGUUGA